GAAAUCCUAAAGAAGCCAGCUGCUCAGAAGCUGGAGAACAAAGCCCAGAAGCAAGAGAAAGAAAAGGCUAAGAAGGACAAGAAGCUUAAGGCCGCAGCCGAGAAAGAGCAGAAGGGCAAGAGUACGAAGCAAGACAACGACGAGGCCGACGAGGGCGAGCAGUACGACGAAGAGGGUGGAGAAGAAGAGGCGAGGGAGACUGACCCCGAGGUCAACGUCAAGCCCUUGCCCAUGACGUUGCAGAAUGUGCAGACUCAUCGGGACUUGCUUGGUGCGAAAGGUUUCAGUGGCGAGCAGCUAGCAGCAGCUUUCAAGCUUCUGCCUGCUAGCGAGCAGCAGCUGGUUUGGAAAAAGUUCGAAAUCUCACGCAAAUCCACCUACAACGAGGAGGAUUACAAAAAGGAGACAAGUGGACCUGGCUCCCAGGUCAGAAAACACAGCUUGCUGAGAGGCUGGCUCGCAGACGGGGGGGCAUGUGCCAAGCACUAUCGCUCCGCCACUCUCUCGCUGAAAGCCGUGCAUGAAUCGAAGGUUCGCUUGCAGUGGUCCACAUGGAAGCAGGUCAAGAACAAGUACGGGAAAAAGGAGGCUUUGGAUCGUGUCAAAUCGGGCACGAUCCGCUUCCGGAAAUCCCCGACGGACAAAAGAUUCCUCGAAUUUGCCGACAUCUCUGAGAUGUACGAUCACGUCAUUUCAAAGACGAAGGAGACCAAGAUCGACACGAAAGGAGGUCGGGUCAAGACCAAGGACCUCAGGGCCCUGGACGGCCUUGACGUGGAGGGUCUGAAGGCCGCUGACUUUGACCUGACAGGAGUUGACGUGGAGAACAUGGACCUGGACCCCGACCUGAAGACCCUCAUCAUCGACAAGCAGCAGGCUGGCGACAGCAGUUCUCAGGAUGAGUCUGAGGAAGAUUCCAACGCUUCCACCUUGUCUUUGCCACCCAAGGACAAGAAGACGAAGAGGAAGAGGAGCCAAAGCAAGAGCGGCAAGGCCUCGUCUUCUAAGACUUCCAGGGAGGAACGGUGGGAGAAAGCUUCGGAGAUUGGCAGCAAGGAUGGCAAGACGGAUUUCGAGAAGAAGCUCGUUUUCAUGAAGGGUGAGAUCCAGAAAGAUCUCACUUUCUUUGAGUCCGUGAUGGUCGACUUGAAGGGCAAGCCCGUGAAUAAGGGCGAGAAGAAGUCGCUGGAGGACACGGUUGCAGAUCUGCAGAAAACCUUGGGCCUCCUCACAGCUACGUCGAAAGGCGGGUGCAAGAAGGAGGAUGUCAAGAAGGCCUUGCUGGCCUCUUUGUCAGCUCUCCGGAAGAGCAAGAAGGCCAAGCGAAUGCAGAUCAGCAAGAAGCAGAAGAGCAAGGACGAGUCAGACUGA